AACAUGGCCGAAAUGGACUCUUAGCAUCUUAUGAUGUUCGGAAAAAUCAUUCAUUAUUCCUUCUUACUGAUCUUACCCGUGAGUGAUGUGUUUGUGGAAGCGUCACACCGCCACUCUGCCACAGGGCUGCCUAGCGUUGUUGAAGGGGACCUAGGCUCGCAUCUCACGCUGCAGUGCAACGUCAGCAGGCCGCACCACCAAUCUCAGCGCUUUGUCUGGCUCAAGGACGGCCGAGGUCUGGGCCCUGAACUCAGCUGGACGGAGUACAAGUACCGCGGUGACCUGGUGUCAUCGGGGCUCCUGCUGAGCGACGCCGGGAACUACUCGUGCUACCUUGACACGCCGCAUCAGCACAGCAGCGCUCAGCUUAUUGUUCGUGCUCCACCGGGGCGUCUGUCAAACGUAACAGUCCAUCCUUCGACAGUAGUAGCCACCGUAAGGUGGCACGUCAGUAGUGACGGGGGCUGCCCCAUUUCCCAUUUCACCUUGGCCUACCAGCCCACGCAGCAGCCACCAGCCAAUAGCUCAGCCGCAGCCCACCACUACCUGCCCGUACACAUCAGUCCGGCUGCGAGGCAGUUCUUCGUAUACCACCUGGAGCCGGGCACUCCAUACAUGUUCCGCAUGUGGGCUUCUAACCGCUUGGGUCCAGGAGAGGCCACAACGGUGUAUGCCUCCACAUCUAAGCCGCUUGACCCCGCAGAAGUUGUGCAGAAGAUGUUUGCUGGUGGGGACGACUUCAGCACGGCGGCAUGGAUGGUGGCCGUCUCAAUGGUCAUGGGCACUAUCCUGAUUCUGUCCUGCCUCAGCUGCCUGCUCAUUUACAAGGAAGGCCGACACGAGGAGCUUCAAGAUGAAGUAGAAGAGGAGGAAGAGUCGUCGGCUGUGCCACACAUUGUUGCCAAUCCUGGCUUCGAGGUCGACUUGGAGGAAAGCUUUCUCCUCGAUCGGCCCGACUGCAAUGAUAACAACGAGCGUGCGGUCAGAACCAACAACAACUCGGUGGUGCGCCCGUCACACGUGUGACUGAAUCGACAGUGCCAACCCAGUGCAUUGAGCGAAGAAACCUGGCAGGAACAGCAGGUGAUGUGUAAAGCGCGACAGCUUAGUCUUAAAAAUGCCCGAAAAGCCUAUAGACGUGCGGACGAUGUGGGAUGUGGCUUCCAGACUCGCUUGCCGCGUGUUUUGUUACGCUAGUUAUCUAGUGCGUUAUUUACAUCAAACUGAAAGACCUUCUUCAUUUGAUGGGAGUGACUGGCCAGCUUCCAGCAUGGCUCCUUUGUCUUCUUUUCAGCAAGAGCUGUGAAUAUACCGAAGUGUCGAAAGUACAAUGUUCCUGGAAUCUUGCUAUAACAUGAAGAUAGCAGUGUGUAGAAGACCACACAUUUCAUGCUGCAGUGGUCGGAAAUGCUUUUUUUUCUCUUGUUGCCAACUUUUUUGCAAGUUUUCUGCUGAAAGGCUAUAGUUUCGUUUAAUUUACGUAAGCGUUACCCUUGCCAAACUUUUCUCUGUAGCGUUCUGCUUCCUUUGUAAUUGUGAUAUGUACUUGGAGCCAGUGCGUUUAUCGAAGUAGCACGAAGACGUAUUGAUAGAUGCUGACUGCAUAGGAGAGCAGUUCCGUUCAAGGCGGAGGUCUCCCAGAACACUUAGAACUGGCCAUUCCCAGUUUGUGAACUCGCAUGAAUUCCGGAGCCUGCGAUGUGGCUCGGGUUUCUUCGCAUGCGGUUUUGCUGCUUAGGCUUGGUAAGCUGUGGCUAUCUUGUUCCCUCCCUUUUGUGGAUGUGUGUGCAAUUAACCGUGAGCUUUCAUUAUGACAUAGUGUGCUGAGGAGCAUUUUGCAGUGAGUGAUAGUUGCCAUUUUCAUUUUGAUUUUUGUUUGUGGUGCCCAUACAUCGAUCAGUAUCCUGGAGUCUAUUACUGAUAUAUCUGAAGUUCCCAGUGAGGCAAAGCUACCACCACAAGAAAGAUGAGAUGUAUCUGCAAGCAUCACAAGAGUCACAAGUGUCGCUGUGGCAAAAAAAAAAAGGCUGAUUCAUUCACUUGUAAAAGGCCCACCUUCUAGCAGUUGUGGCCAAUUUUCGGAGAGAAAGUGCCAUUUCUGCAUGAACCUGGCAGAGCAAAAUUGAAGUACCUAGACAUACUUUUGAAUACUACAUAGAAAUAUUGCUGCAUACUUACGGCACGUAUAGGAUCACAUUUGGUGAGCACAAAUUUUGGGGUGCAGCACCCUCUAAUUCGACACUAAAGUUGAUUUUGAAAUGCCGACUCUGGCCUACUUGACCUGAUUCAUGAUGAUGUGGUAUGAAGGAAUAUUUCUUGGCAUUUAGGUUGGAAGUUUAUUGUAGACUUAUUAAACAUGUGAUGCACUUUAGUACACUUUCUGGUAAACAACAAAAUUAUAUAAAUGUCCCAAGCAAUUUCAAGUGACACGGAAAAUAAUUAUGUGACAAGUAUUUUAAACACAUAUGUACACGUAGUAAAAAUUAGUCAUGACGUCAGUACCAUGGAUUCACAUGUCUUAUGCAUCACACACUUGACACAUAAGGCUCUAAAUUAAGUGUUUAAUGUGCGAGGUACUACUUUUCUUUCUUUCUUUCUACAACCUGACAAUUACAUUUGAAAUGUCUCAGCUGCUUAUGCGAUAGUAACAAAUUGUAGUACCUUGCUCGUCACUCACUGCGAAUUUUUAUCACUAUAAUUAAAUGGUUAAGAUGGUUACUUAAGUUCGAUCAAAAACUGUAGAAACAGUGGUGUUUGCAAUGCUGGCACAUCUGCUAGCAUUCAUAGUUGUGCCAAAUUCACAAAGUGCAAGGCGAAACUACAGUCGACUCAUUCAUUCAAACUCGAAGUGACCUCUGAAUUUUGUUUGAAUUAUCAAGAAGUUUGAAUUAUCAGAAGUUCUCAGGUUUUUAAACUUUAACUGCACUGCAAUGAAAAAAAAGCAGAGGUGUAAGGUCCACAAGUGUAUUGGCCAUUCACUGCUGAUCAGAACUUUGAAAAAAAAAUCGCGAAUUGCCAACUGCUUCUUUGCUAUAUAUGUGCCUUCAGCACAAAGCUCUCUUUGCCAGUUGAGAAGCAUCAUAGUUUACAAUGUGUGUGCUUCGUUUCCAACAUUUGUUUACUUGCAAAGCCUUUUUCCUUGAAGGCCCGAGGUGCUUAUUUUUUAUUUUUAGACUGUUAGGAUUAUAUAAGCACACCCAUUUUCAAACAGUAGUGGCAAUCCAGCAGACAUUUUCUUGUAUGGAACUGCAAAAACUAUGAAUUAACCAAAUUAUAGAGUUUGAACUAUAAGAGGCUUUUAAAUACAUUGAAAAAAUAGAGGGCCACCCAAAAAAUUGAAUUUUGUUCGAAUUAACAAAAAAAAGUAUGCAUAAUCGUAGUUUCAAGUAUCGUGAGUCUACUGUAUUUGCAUAAGCCAAGACGUUACUGCCUUAUUUUACGCUGUUACCUCAUGUGAAUAACAUGUAUUAGUUUUGUUGGUUUCAUUUUAGCUAUUUGGUUUUGCAUUGCACACAUUAACUCUCAAGUACAGCUACCCAGUAGAUCCAUGUCUAUGGCUCGGCUCUGGCUAUAUUGGCUGUGUUACAAUGUGGGCUCGGUGAAAAAAUGUUCGUUGAGUGAUCUCCAUGCUGGCAGGCAUAGCCAAAGUUUGCAGAGUCUGUCAUGUGCUUAAUGUACUUCCACCUAGCGUGAGGAAACGUGUUCUUGCAAUUCCUAGGCGUGGGUUCACAUUUGGCUCUGUAACGUAUCUAGUCAACAUACUGUAAAAAAUGUCUGGCAGCUUCAAAAUUACUUAAGGUGCAGCGUGGACACUCACUCUUGUGGCAUUCAGAGUAGGACUAGGGUUGUGCUCAGUGUCAACAAUCAAUACAGUUUGCGUACCAAAGAGGGUAUGCACUGCACACAUACACAGUAAUGACGCCGUACAUGGCUCUAAAUGUGUGCUCGGUCCUUACGGUAAUUUUAGUCGCCAAAUAAGUAGUGGAUAGGAGGCAGCAGACAGAAAAUCGUGAGAAAGCAGCCACAGGACCAAGAAACUUGCCCUUAGGUUUAUGAUCAGUGGCGUAGCCAGGGGUUGGUUUAGGUGUUCUACCCCUCUCCCUCCCCUCAAUAUUAUUACAUUUCAUAUGUGUUUAUUACAUAUAUGAACACGCAUACAAGCAAACUUACAUACAUGCAUAAUAAAAAAAAUUAUGGCUAUGCCUCUGUUUAUGAUUCACUUUAUAUUUGAAUCUUAGAUUGCUUUUAUGGUGCCUUGAAAAUCACACAUUAAGAUUGCUCCCACCGCCAGAGGGAUCAAGUUGAAAGAGAUAGGGUGUGAUUUACAGUUUAAUAUAGCGUGUGUUGCCCUCAACAGUGCUGUGCAAUGUACCUGCACUACACAGGACAUCAUUGAGCUCUUGCAGUUUGAGUAAAGAAAUAAGGUUACUUUUUUAUAGGUGUUCACAAAUUAAGGCUGUAUGGUUGUCCCUUUUAUGCUGCUUAUUUCAUAACAUGCAAAAUCUUCAUGCAUAAUCUUUUGCACAAACAGAGGCUUCUCUAAAACAGCUUAUUUGCUAUGAACACGCCACGUAAUGUGGGAAGCAUGUUGGCUGUAGUUCAAAAUAAGACGUGUGUAUUUUCACGUUUCAUACUGUAGGGAUUUUGAUUUAUAAAGUUGAUAAACCUCUUGAGGUCGUAUAAAGUGUCGCUGCUUAUUGCGUGACCCGUGCCAUCUAGGUGUAAAUUUUUUUCUGGAUUAUUUAUGUGACGUGAAGUCUUUUCAGAUCACUUGAUCCGCCAGUGUUACUCAAAGCUAAAUAUCUUUGUUUAUCAUUUGGGCAAGAGGGAAAAUAGUGGAUGAGCAGAGUGUUGUUGAUUGCCGUUAGUUAUUGUUUUUUUGGCGUUGUUGUGACUGAAUGUUCAUUUUACAUAGUUCUUUUCAUUGCCAACUAAGGAGUAACAGCUUGGACAUUUGUGAAAUGCAUUUUCUGAGAUACAAUUGCUUACUAAUAUGAAAAGUGUGGGUGACAUUAGUGGGAUAUUACUCUAUCCUCCACACAUUUCUCAUGCAUCAAUGGAAUCAAAUUUUAAUAUUUUUUUGUACCAUGCUCUUUUAUAGACAUCAAUAUUUAGUAGUCUGCGUUCCAAUUUGUGUUCCUUGGUGUCAGGGACACUCCCAUUUAUCUAUUGCUAUAAGUUAGCGAAAUAUUCUCUUUGCGAAUGGUUUUAAGUUAACAUACAUGAUGAGGUGUACAUACAUAUAUUGAGUGGCUUUCAGAGAAAGGCCAACCUUGCAGCUUCCACGCAUUUCAUGAUGAAAUUUGUGAGAGGAGUAAAGCAGCAUGUAUGUUUAGAGAGGGUUCUUAAAAUAGUGAAACUUUGUAGUAAUCGACUUGGGUGUUACGAGGCAUGGAAACUCGGGCAAGUCGGUAGGACUAUAAUCAAAUAUAAGAACAGUGCUGCAGGCAAAGAUUGCCAAAGACGUGUGCGUUAUCUUCAUCAGUCUUUAGCAGUAGCGCUGUUUUUACAUUUGACUCGGGUGCGAAUGUUUAAAUUGAGGGCUAUGGAAUUAUACAGUUGAGCAUGGAUUUUUUUUUCGUCUCUAAACAGAAUGAAAAUCGAAGCAUUCGUGAGGCUUGUUAGGCUUGCAUAUGUUUGUUUGGUAUAUGUAUGCAUAACACUAUUGGCCAUUUGAUAUUUGGGCAACUGAAGAGUUCGUGAAUAAAAACUUCUUUGAGUUAACUUGAAGGACUACAGCAAUGGCAGUAAACGAAACAAGUAGGCAUGGGCUAUGUUGUGUUCGAAUGAUGCACUCUCAAAUCGAGAAGGUAUUAAACAGAACAGACAAAUUCAUUCUUUUACUUGACAUUUUAACCAUUCUCUCACUCCUUUACAGAGCAUUUGAAAAGUGGCCUUGCUUGAAUUUAUUUGUGGUGAUCUCGGCUUGUGUAGAAAACUCUCCUGCACAUCACAACUGCAAUUUCAACCAUACUGUUCUUCUCCGACAUGUUGGUUGGUCAAUUUCCAGCUUCAGAAGAUUACUUUAUUGUAAUUUAUUGUCUCUUCUUUGACGCUACUGUUUCACGUUUGAUCAUCCUGAUCAGUAGUAAAUUGUGCUGUCUUGAGUCAAGUGAGAUAUAUUUCCACCACUGUUGAAUGGUCCUGUUGCUACUGUCAUUAUAAAUUCUUCCACGCUAUAGUAAUUUUGUUUAUUUACUAAGCAGCCUAUAAAGCAGUGGAACGACUAUAAUGGCUCAUUUUGAUGGGCCAUAUAAGUUACUUUUAAAGGCAUUAGCAGAGUCCUCAUCUAAUUUCUCAUGACUUAAGCCCAACUCCAAUGUUUCAUUUAUUAAAUCUAACGUGCAACGUUUCGUAUAUUGCUUGAGCAUUUCAAGGAGCCACACCAUCUAACAACAGCAUCUUGGCUUUGCUUUUCAUAAAGUCAAGAGACUUUAGACUCUCUUUACUACCUCUUCUCUGUUUCGUUAUCGUAGAACUGGUUCCAAUUAUUUUUUCAUGGCUGCUUUGUUCUGCUUUGUUAUAGAAUUUACACUAUCUAUACGUUCAUCAUGUGUGCCAUGCAGUUACAUUUACAGUCCAAUGCAUUUACUGUUACUGACGAUUCGAGUUCUUGCUUAUGUAAUACAUUCGGUUGUGCUUCUACUCACAUGUUGUUUUUAGGAAUGUGCUUGCAUGUAAACUUGAUUUCUGUCUUGUUCAAGGGCAGAUUUUCAUUGCAUACCUACAGUGCCAUUUUAUGUUAACUUAUUUUUGUACGCAUGUGAAGCAGCUCUUGGCAGGCUAUUCAGUGGUCUAUUGUGAAGUUGCAUUUGCUAAGACUCCUGCUAUGACUGUGUGUGAAUGUGUUCCUACUAAAUGAGAUUUUGAAUUUUCGCAUACUUCUUAGGCACAGUUAUUUGCCGUUAUAUGCGUAGUGUAUUCAGCAGUAGCAUGGUACAUGUAACAGGGUUUUUCGUUGCGUCUUGUUUGUCGUAGUUGAAUUUCAUACUAAUUUUUCUAUCCACUAAUUUGGGAUGGUAAAUUAACUCAGGCUGCGACAGAGCAAACACAUGCCCACACCUUGGUGUCAAGCUUAUGAUCAGUUAUGCAUCUGUGCUGAUGAUUCAAAACAUUGUACUUGUAAACUGUACACCAUCCUGUUUACAACUGGUCAUUCAGUCUGCAACUUCAACUUACUGCACUAAUUUUAAAAGAUUGAUGAUUGAUUUGUGGGGUUUAACAUUCCAAAACCACGAUAUGAUUAUGAGAGACGCUGUAGUAGAGGACACCAGAAAUGUCGACGACUUGGUCUUCAUUAACGUGCACCCAAAUCUGAGCACACGGGCCUGCAACAUUUCCGCCUCUAUCAGAAAUGCAGCCGGGAUUCGAUCCUGCGAUCUACAGGUCAGCAGUUGAGUACCUUAGCCACUAGACCACCGCGGCGGGACUAAUUUGAAAAGAUCAAGGCAAGCUUCUACUGUGAAUUCUGUACUGCAACAUCUUUUUAGAACAAGCAGGUAGUAUAGAUGUAUGUUCAUUAUUUCGUUAUGUACAUCUAAACCUACUUAUUUUACAGGGCAUUAUUCAAUUUUAUAUGGCAAAUGUGCGCAGUUUUUCAAAAUUAGUGCUGGAAUUUCAUUUUCAGCACAUGUCCUCAGGUGGGAAUAAUCAGGGAUCAUUCUGUUCAGCAAAUUUGUGCAUCGGUACUGUUAGCAAACUAAAAUGAGUAUGGCCUUACUACUUCCUGGAAUACUUUUAAUAGCUUCUGGCAUUGCCAAACCAUGUUUUCUUGACCAUUCAGUGGAACUCUAUACAUUCCUCACUCCACAAGUGGUGCUGCAAUUUAGCACUAUGUGUGGCUGGAUGUAGUUGUUGAAUCUGGGUGUCCAUUUUAGUGACGACGGGCAGCAAAAUAACUGCUGCUGAGAUUAACCUUAUUAUAUAGAAGUGGGCGCACUGUAAAAGAAAAACUUUUGCUAUCACUAACAACAUCCCACCAACUGCACCAAGAUUUCUCGAAGGACGCUCACUUUACGAAGUGCACGCAUAUCUGUCAAGUGCAAUAAACACUGGCCAGUUUCGUUCCUGCAUUUGUAGCAGUGUGUGAGGACGCUAGAUGGUCGUUGUUGUGCCGUUGUCCUCGGAGACAUCUGGGCGUAAUGUUGAACCGGUGUCCUUUUUUGUGAGAACGGUGCUUUCAGGUCGAUUGCCUCACGAUGUGACAUGUGCCACUAUUUUUUUAUCACACCCAUAGACAGCGCAUGAAUGUGUGGGUGAGAAACAUGUCGGGGCAGCCUAGCUGCCAUAGAUGCUGCUUCUUGUAUGACAGACUGAUCUCUUGUGUUAGUCAUAUGACAAGGUGCCCAGUGCUUGGAGUCUAUUGGCAGCCUAUGUGCAUGCAUUUUGUUCUCAGUGUAGAAGACGUUUGUGUACAAGAAAGAGAAUGUGAACCAAGGAAACAAAGAAUGCAUACUCAGUUUCAUUGUAAUAAAAAUACUUUGCCUUUUAC